GGGUACCAUUCGAUAUUCGCCUGCAUCCGCCGGAUAUACCCGGAUACGGGUACAAAAAUCUGUGUCCAUGGAAGUCUGGACUGAACCAUUAAUGGUCUUCUGACGCUAUGUCCUCUCUUUCAACUGCGUAAACCACUGUGCGUGUAUAGGAUUUUGCUUGCGAAAGCUUGCGAUACCAAUUUCGAAUAGUUCAUUUGUUUUUUGUUCAUCGUUUCUUGUUCUUUUUAAUUUUCUAAUUUUAUACUUUUAUUUUUUUUUAUUUCUAGAGAACUUUUCUUCAAAAAAUUUUUUGUGUAAUUGAACCAAAUUAUUUGUGAUGCAGCAAGAAGUUCCAGAAGUACCACAACAUAUAAUUGUAGUAUGUUUUUUUAUUAUUUUUUAAGAUUAGCUAAGUGCUUCACUUAGGUAAAAUAGAGUAAAAUGAAAAUUUUCUUUCGAUUUUCUGACUAUUUAGGCCCCAAUGAUUUUUUUGAAAAAUCAAGAACUAUUAACUGGCUAGAAUUAAAGGGAUUUAGUUUAUUUGGCAGACUCUAUUAUAACAAAUUUAUAGUCGGAUUUCCCCGCUUUUUUAAAUUUUCGUUGUAGAACUUUCCCACAAGGUCAUUAAAUGGGUUUGCUUGGUUAGUGUGUGUUUGUGUAAAUGCGGCUACCUAUGAAGUCCUAGCGUUAUUUUUCUUUGCUAAAAUGUAGGUUAGACUAUUCUCUUUAAUGGAACUUAAGAAAAGAAAAAAAUCAGUUCCUAUUGAAUUAUUGCGUGAAAUUGUUUGUUUUCUGCCUUUAGAUGUAGAAUUCGCAGAUAAAAGGAUUUCAUUCAUAUUUGAUCUUUUUAUUUUGAAAAUUCACCAUCGUUCGGUUGUUUCUAUCAGAAAAAUAAGGAAUUCUUUCAUCCAAGGCCUUGAACAUGGAAUUGAACUUUUGGAGCUUUUACAAGAGGAUGUUUUUGGUAUGGAUGCGACCAACAUCCAGGACCUUUCUGCUAUAAUCGUCACUGGAUGGGGAGGUUUUUUUUCAUUUUUAGUGUUAAUUUUAACCAUUUAUUUUGUAGUAGCUACCUUUUGUGCACUCAAAAUAGUUCCAUUUUCGUCAGAGUUUAGUGAUUUAUUUGAUCAACUCAACGCAGCAUGGACUACAAAUUUUUUUCACCAUACACAUAAUGGUGUGGGAGAGGAUGCUCUUGCAGGAUUACGUACUUCUGCAAACAAUCUUAUUACUCAAUUGACUGACCUUCUCACCAAUAUUCGAGAUGUUGGCGUUGAUAUUCUGAACUUGGUUAAUCCACAGGCUCUUCAAUCGGUUCUAGAUGAGGUCUCGGCGAUGUCUAAUCUGCUUCAGCAUUUCAUCAAUGAAGAUGAAGAAGAUGAGAAUGUUGAGGAGGAAGAGGAAGGAGAGAAUGUUGACGGAGAAGAUUAGUUGGGAACGAAUAAAAAUAUUGGUAUUUUUGUUUUUUAGUGAUUUAAAAUAAUUUAAUUUUGUUAAUUAUUUAAUUUAAAAUAAAUCGAGCUUUCCAGUUUUUUUUCCAAGGAAGAACCCCAAAAAAUCUUUCCGCACUAAACAAAAUCCCACCACCUUCCUUGUAAAUGACUUAAGAAAUUAUUUACAAGUGUAUCAGUAUUUGUAGCCUUGAUUUUCGUUAGGGAGUUCUCCCAGUUUGUAAAGAUCAAUUGGAAGGCUAGAUUCCCGAUGUUCCGUUUCUCA